UACCGCCGGGGUCCAGGGAACUGCUGGCCGACUGCCUGUUCCCGGCGCAGCGGCCCUUCAGCCUGCCCUGGUGGCAGAAGGCCGUCUGGGCCGCCCUCUUCGGCCCCAUGCUCGCCGUCGCCGUGGGCGGCAACGCCAUCGUCAUGUGGAUCGUGCUGGCGCACCGGCGCAUGCGCACCGUCACCAACUACUUCCUGGUGAACCUGAGCGUGGCCGACCUGCUCAUGUCGCUGCUCAACUGCGUGUUCAACUUCGUGUUCAUGGUGAACUCCGACUGGCCGUUCGGCGCCGCCUACUGCACCGCCAACAACUUCAUCUCGCACGCCUCCGUGGCGGCCAGCUCCUUCACCCUGGUCGCCAUCUCCGCUGACAGGUACAUGGCGAUCGUGCGGCCCCUGCAGCACAGCCUGUCCCGCAAGAAGGCGCGGCUGGCCGUGGCAGCCGUGUGGACCUGCAGCACUUCGCUGGCCGCGCCCUGCCUUCUCUUCUCCACGACCCGGACCCGCAGGUACGCUGGCGAGCAGACCAGGACCGUGUGCUACAUGGAGUGGCCCGAUGGAGCCUUCCCGAACUCACUGAUGGAGUACAUGUACAACAUCGUGUUCCUGGGGCUGACGUACCUGGCGCCCGUGACGGUGAUGCUGGUGUGCUACUCGCGCAUGGCCUGCGAGCUGUGGGGAGCCCGCGCCGUGGGCGAGCUCACCCGCCGCCAGUUCGAGUCCAUCCGCGCCAAGAGGAAGGUGAUCCUCAUGUUCAUCAUCGUGGUGAGCAUAUUCGCGAUAUGCUGGUUACCGUACCACGGCUUCUUCAUCUACUCGUACCACAACACCGCCAUGACGAAGGCCAACUACGUGCAGCACGUCUACCUCGCGUUCUACUGGUUCGGCAUGGCCAACGCCAUGGUCAACCCGGCCAUCUACUACUGGAUGAACUCCAGGUUCAGGCUGUACUUCAAGCAGGCCUUAUGCUUGCGUUGUUUCACUGAGGAAAAGGACGGCGAAAUGUUCAACCUUGCCACAACGAGGCUAAGCUAUUCAAAUUCAACUCACUCCAAGUCGGUUAGUAACAAAGGAGCCUCGUGGGACGCGCGCCAGCCUCAGAGCCCGCAAGUCGUCGCGGGCGCCUGCUGA